AUGGCGUCCUCAUCGCGACUGCCUGUUGGAUCCAUACUAUCCGCCGCCAGGCCUGGUUUUCACGCCAUCACAAUCACAACGCAAACAUGCCAAUGCCGGUCUUUUUCUCGAUCCUCAAUCGCCCAGCGUGCGAUGCGGGGGAUGCCACAGACAAUGGCCGCUAAGCAGCCUGCUCAACCGAGUAUGAAGACACGAGGGAAGGAAAUGUCGAAGUCGGAAAUGCCGCAGGAUUUGGGAUUGUUGCCGGGUACAUUCGUCCGGCCGCUGUGGAGGGACAUGCCGUCUGUUUUCCAAUUACCGCGGGAGAGAAUGCAAUUGGAGUGGCUUUGGAUAAAACAGGCGUUUCAAAACUUCCUGGGAAUCCUCGCUUAUAGCAAAUGGCUCAACAAGGGCCUGCCCCUCCGGCUGAGAGAGCGGCGACAGGUUGGAUGCGAACUCUACGAACGGAUGUACACUGCCUACGCUGAAGGCGACGUCGCAACCCUCCGAAAGAUCUGCUGCACCGGCCUCGCCAACAAUCUCACCACUCGAGUCACCAACCGCCCCAAAGACGAAAAAGUAACCUGGUCCCUCGACAAAUACAACCGUACUCCCGCGACUUUCCUCACCGGCGCCCGCGUCCUCGCAGACCGUGCAACCCAAAUCCCUGAAAUUCCCAAAUCCGGCGUGCGCCAGGUCGUCCUCCGCAUCACCAGCAGCCAGUCCACGGGCAAGGUCAAGCUGUCCACGAAUAAGCGGGGCCUGGUUGAGGAUGCUGCCUUGGAGGUGACACCAGCUAAGCAGCGGGAUUGCACUGAGUACAUUGUGCUGCAGAAGUUGAUGUGGUUUGGGGAGGAGCAGGAGUGGAGGAUUUGGGGACAUACCACGCCGACUACUGUUGAGGAUUUGGAGACCCCGUUCUUUGCGCCGGGGCUUUCGCUCUCGGACCGUAUGGAGGCUAUGAAGGCGAUGAUGGAGGGGAAGAAAUAG